GCAGCUGACGGGGGACAGGGCACGCACCAAGGGCUUUGGUCACUGCAGCGGGAGACAGGAGUGAGGCGCUGUCUCUCCCAACCCCAGGGUCACCAGAAGCAGAAGAGGAAACUUAAAAAUGUGCCUGUCAUCUGUAGAGGCCAGGGGCGGGGGAAUCAUGGUGUCAUGGAAAGGAAUCUACUUUAUCCUCACUCUGUUUUGGGGAAGCUUUUUCGGAAGCAUUUUCAUGCUGGGCCCCUUCUUACCUCUGAUGUUCAUCAGCCCGUCUUGGUACCGCUGGGUCAACAACCGCCUGGUGGCCACUUGGCUCACCCUGCCCGUGGCCUUGCUGGAGACCGUAUUUGGGGUGAAAGUGAUCAUCACAGGUGAUGCGUUUGUUCCCGGAGAAAGAAGCGUCAUCAUCAUGAACCACCGGACGAGGAUGGACUGGAUGUUUCUGUGGAAUUGUCUGAUGAGAUACAGUUACCUCCGGCUGGAGAAAGUGUGUCUGAAGGCCAGUCUCAAAAGCGUUCCUGGCUUUGGUUGGGCCAUGCAGGCUGCUGCCUAUAUCUUCAUUCACCGGAAGUGGAAGGAUGACAAGAGCCACUUUGAGGAUAUGAUCGACUAUUUUUGUGAUAUCCACGAACCACUUCAACUCCUCCUGUUCCCAGAAGGGACCGAUCUCACAGAGAACAGCAAGGCUCGGAGUAACGACUUCGCCGAGAAGAACGGCCUUCAGAAGUACGACUACGUCCUACACCCGAGAACCACGGGCUUCACUUUCGUUGUGGACCGGCUCAGAGAAGGCAAGAACCUGGACGCCGUGCACGACAUCACCGUGGCCUACCCGCACAACAUCCCGCAGACGGAGCGGCACCUGCUGCGCGGGGACUUCCCGCGGGAGAUCCACUUCCACGUGCGCCGCUACCCGGUGGCCGCCCUGCCCCGCGCCAAGGAGGAGCUGCAGCUCUGGUGCCACCGGCGCUGGGAGGAGAAGGAGCAGCGGCUGCGGGCCUUCUACGCGGGGGGCACCCACAGCUUCGGGCCCCCCGGGCCCGGCGACACCGGCAGCGACACCAGCAGCAGCGGCGGCGGUGGGGUCCCGCCCUGCAAGUCGGAGCUGCGCGUGCUGCUGGUGAAGCUGCUGUCGCUGGUCUACUGGAGCCUCUUCAGCCCGGCCAUGUGCCUGCUGCUCUACACGUCCAGCGCCGCCCGCUGGUACUGCCUGGUGGCCAUCGUCGUCUUCGUGCUGCAGGAGAGACUCUUCGGCGGGCUGGAGGUCAUCGAGUUGGCCUCGCACCGCGUCCUGCACAAGCAGCCGGCCCUGGGCGCCAAGAAGAGCGAGUAG